GCCGCCUUCAAUUUUGGACCUGGGAACGCCGAGUGUAUGGCGGCACACGGCAGCCCAAUGUUUGAUUCGUUUGCCGUGGGUUUCGAUGUAGAGCUGGCGCACAAUAUGCUUGGCAUCACCCUUGACUUUGAAGUGUCCUUCACCCCCCACGCGAAGGCCACCCUGGCCAUGGGGCAGUCCUUGCUUGAUGAACUUUACCAGGCAGCACAGUGCCGGUGGGACCUGGGAGUGGGCUCCCUCGUGUUCCUGCAGGUGAUCAUGGCCCGAGCAAGGCUCUGGGUCCUCCUGGAGGGACACACGGCGGCGGUGAUGCGGGAGGCUGCGCGCGCGUCGCUGGCGCCCUACAGGUGGCGCGCGGUUGGCCAGAUCAUGACCAGCAUGCCGAAUGGGCCAGUUCCAGAUAUAAGUUUGCACGAGGGUUUCAAAGAGGGGGCGGUUGCAGCCCAGUCCUCGCCGGCGCCCCGCAAAUCAUUGUCACGGCGCUACCGGCAGGAGGUGGCCAUGCCAGCUUUGCACGCCUACGACCAGCCAUCGGCGGAUACGGCAGCCAGCCGGCCACUACCAUAUCUGGAGCGACCGUUUGGCAGUCUCAUGCUGGCGCUGCAGCACAACUUGCAACAUGACGUGUUUGAUGAUCACGGGGGCAGUUUGUAUUACAGGCCCUGGGCGGUAUGCAGGGUGAUUGGCCGCUGGCCGCUGCCAGUCCUGGGCGGGGAGGCCGCGCCGCUGGUCCUGCCCCGUUGCGGCGCAUGUCCCAGCGCGGAUGUGGACGUCUCCCACGCGCUGCUUGCGUGCGGACAAACUUUGGCGUCGGGACGCCAGCUGUGGGCAUUCGACGGCGGGCCCCCCGCGACGAGGCAGGCGGCGUUUCUGGCCUUCUUCGGCCCAUAA